UGGCAACCACAUCCAGAAGCGUCUAAGCAUGACCGCCCAGCGGCCAGACCCACAGCCAUUGGCCUAUUUCAGGAGGAUGUUUGAUUAUCCCAUCUGCCCUGAGAAGGGCGUCCGCCCUCCACGGGAGCCUCCACAGGGAGCCGGACACCAGCGCUUGCAGGUCUGGAAACCAUGACGCGGAGAAGCGUCUGGAAGCUACCAGAAUUACAGAGAUUUGUUCCGACCAAACUUGGUCCAGAUCUGUGGUAUCAGUGCGGGAUGCAGACGCCAGUCGGAGUCGCGGGGUCCCCCUCUCGACAGGAUGUCUGCUGCCACAUUCAGGACCCCUGUAAUGUAGGUGGCUUUGAUGUACAGCAGCUGGACAUGUGCCCAACACAGUAAAUCUGUGGCUACGCGCAAUAGGGGGAGGGAUCGAACUCCCCGCUGGCGAUUUAUGGAGGCUGCCGCCACCCGGUUGUCUGUGUGAACUUCGACAUGACGGCUCUCGAGAAGGGCAGCAAAGUGUCUGAUCACACUCCUCACUUAUGUGCUCGUGCGUGUGGGAGGGCCAGCGAUCUGCCACCGUAUGGGACAAGCACGUGCCCCCCACAUCCCAACAGUGAUGCAUCCGUAAAAAUAGACACGUGUGACGUAGGACGUCCGAUGGGAACCCCGUGUGAGAGGAUGCAGGGAUUCGGGGAUUUCCCCAGUGAGCGAGGUCCCCGCCCACUGAAGGGGAAACCCUCAAUAUACGUCUCUUCUGACGUAUUGGGUGUACCCGGAGGCAGAUGAACCAACGGUGUAGGCCUCUCGUAUGCAGUAAACCUAACGGCAUCACAGCGUGGGCUGCAGCCAUCAUGCCCAGAAGUUUCAUGACUAACAGGGCUCCCACGAUCUUGCGGGGUUGCACGCGGGAGAUCACCGUGGUGAGAUCUGCCGCUCUCGUCGGAGACAAACGUGCUCUCAUUAGGGAGGCGUUCAACUCCACCCCGAGAAACAUAAUCGACUGGGAUGAAAGGAUGGAGCUCUUUUCCCAGUUUGUGGAAAACCCCAGGGUUGACAGAUGCUCUAUUAACUUCCUGGUUUGCUCUGAUGCCUCAUCCUUGGACUGGGCACAUAGGAGCAGAUCGUCCAGGUAAAAUAAAACCCUCAUUGUUAACAUGCGGAAAUGCAUCACUGCUAUGGAGCAGUUGAACAGGGAAAGGUCGAGAAUUGGUCUCAUUCCUCCCGACUUCUUCGGUACUACGAAGUAGCGGGAGUAGAAGCCUGAGAGCUCUUGCCUGCAAGGAACUUGGGAAAUGGCGUCCUUGGACAGAAGUUCCCAUAGCUCCAGCUCUAGGGCCUGAGAUUGUUCUUGUGAUGUGAAUGUCGUCUCCACGAUCCUGUUGAAGGGAGGAGGAGCGGACUGAAAAUGGAGUGUAUGACCGUAAUGAAUGGUGUCCGAUAUCCAUUUGCUCAUGUGACAAAGGCGGCACCGUUCUUGUGCGCGUUCCGACAGCGGACGCGUGUUCGAGGUCACGUGAAAGACGUGGACGAGGACUGGAUUCACGCCCUUACCGCCGUCGCUCGCACCAGAGAACUGGGAGCGACCCAUGGAGGGCUGCGCUCGAAAGGGCGAGUGUAAAACAGCUGGAAGAGGAUGAUCCGCACAGUGGAGCAUGGUGUCCAAAAAUAAAGGACGAGUGGGAGCCAUACCCGUGCACGGGGACGACAAAGUGCCAGCGGAUGGAGCCGUGCACUGUGCUGUCGCGCGUGGUUGCGAUAGCGCUAUGACAUCCCGUCCCACCCUACGUUGUGGGGGAAGCAGGCUGUGUUGGGCCUGGCAGGAAGCUAGGGCCGGUGCACAAAUGGAGCGCACCCAUACAGCUGGCUGUGGGCGUGUAACAUGAUUGAACAUGCAGGUAUGUUGCAGUGCUUGGUGUGGGGAAUGUGAGAGGAUUCGGCAGAGGAUUCUGCAGAGGACUGUAGGAUUGUGCUCUCAAUGUGAUGUUUUUUGGGUUUUAUUUCAAAACCGAAAUCAUUCACAGAGUUAAUAUUACAGUCAGAAGCACACACAUUCGCCCCAACGAGUCAUUUUCGUGGUUGCUUUCGGCGAGGUUCUUGCGACUGUGAAUGCCAAGACGGUGUCUGCUGGCUCUUUCGAAACCGUUGGCUGCCAACUCUCUGGUCCCGCUUCAGUUCCACCUCAGCGGGAGGCCGUCUCCAUGGGGCAGGCGAUGCAGCUGGGUGUCUGAAGUUCCCGCGCCAUUCGUCCCAUCCUCUGGAGGAACGGCCGGAGUGAGAGGCGGACCGGGGUGGACCAGGUCUCGCACCAUGGCUGACUGUUCAGCUAUCUUCUGAGCCCUCUCGAUGACGGUCCUAAGAUGGGGACCAAACAGAACGUCAGAGGUGAUGGGGCCUUCCAGCAUCUCUGUGCAGGUGCUCGGGAAUGGAGGGCAGGGCCUUGAGCCACAAGGCCCACUGGAUAAGGGUCUGCCAGGCAGCAAUGCGAGCAGAACUGGAGCGUCAAGCUUUUCCACCAUUUUGGAGAUGCCAAAGGCAAGAAGGGCGAUGUUAUUUCCUGCAGCACCGGUCUGGAAGACGCACUGGUGUGCGCGAUCGGUGAGCCGCGCCAGCAGAUGGUCAUGCUUAGAAGUGGGAACUGCUCGCUGGCCAACGAGGUGGUUCUUGGAGCCAAACAGCGAGGCCAAGUCCGGCUCCAGUGGAGGAACGGAUGGCCAGUCCUGGUUGGAGAAGCCCUCAACUGUGGUAAUGUGCGCAUAUGUGGAAUUUGGCGCCUUGAGUUUUGCAGGUUCGGAGAAGGCGGCGGACCAGCAGCUCAUGGCAGCGGGGAAACGCGGCCAGAUGGUGUCUGGACAGCGCGUUUGUGUUGCCCUGAAAAUUCCCGCCAAAUCAUCUGCUUCAGGCGGAGCCGGUUCUGGCAUGGCUAGCCCCUUGUGGACCGCAGCCGCGGAGAUGAUGGCAGGUAGCUCCUGGAGCGGUGCUUUAACUGCUGGCUGGGAGCAGUGAGCAAGAAGGCACUGGAGCUGCGGAACCCACUGUGAAAGGCUUGUCAACCUCCAUGUUGUCCAGGAGGGAAGAAGGGCUAUGGCAGCCAGCCUCGUCGUACUCCUCACGGUCGAUGUCAUCGUCCAGUCGGUUGGAGCCAGUUGGCUCCUGGCCGACGUUGAAGAACUGUAAGGCCUUGUCCAGUGAGUACGUGUCAGCUGCCGGAAAUUCCUCGGCGGUGGCGGGGGUGAAGUAUUCAACCCGGCGGACGUUUUCAGCGAUGGGCAGAGCGGAACAAAAUGGGCACGAGGCCUGGGGGGUCAAAGCCAGGCCAGCGUGAUGAGCUCCGAAACAGACCCAACAUUUGGCGUGCAGGUCGCCGCUGGAGAUGCAGCCCGUCUGGUAGGCUGGGCAGGUCCUGACGUCGCUGGACAUGGCUGGUGAGUAGUCUGUUGUUCUUGGAUAAUUGCUCUUUAAAGAAAGCUCUUA